CCGGGGGGCCUCCGCCCCCAAGGACGGACCAGUCCGGGGGUGGCAUUCGCCGGAGCGAGCUGGAGCGACGGGUCCCUUGGAGACACCUCUCUCCAUGGCAACCUAAUCGCUUCCUGUGAAGAUCCCGAAAUAACCGACGAGACGGGGGAGCGGAGCCGAGCGGAGAGGAGCCGAGCGGAGCCGAGCCCUGCGGGCAGCGGCAGGGAGGCGGCGGGGGGCAGCCAAGGCUCAGCCUCAGCAAACCUUCCUCCUCGUCUUCCUCCUCCUCCUCCUCUCCUUCCUUCGUCCUGGCCAUGAGAGGCACGGGCAGCAGCAGCUGUGCUCCCCCAGCCCUCUGCUCCGCCGCCCCGGCUGCGCCCCACUCGUCUCCCCGCAAGUGAAGAAGAUGAGACAAGAUCCUGACUGAGGAAAGACACUGUUGCAUCUGAGAUGGAGCCCAGUGCCUGGUAGGUUCACAGCUUCCCACACUGGCAGCAGGAUGCCUCCACUCCUCUCCUGCAUCCACUCCCUGCAGCUGUGGCAUCUCCUCCUCGUCGUCUUGGCCGUCCCACCUCCUGGCACAUGGUCUCUUCGCUCCCGGGGCCCAGUGGCCCCUCGGCCUCUUUGCAUCCGCCGGAGCCCCUCAGCCCCGCGGUCCAUUUGCAUCUGGGAAAGGACCUCGCAGCCGGAGCAGGAUUCCCGCUCGGAUUCCCGCUCGGCCCUGCCGCGCCAGCGUGCCCUGCCCGUGAGGGGAGCAGAGCUGCGGCAUGUGGUGCGGCUGAGGCGCCAGGCCGUGGGCGCCCGGCCCGCCACCCCAUCCGGAUUCGAGGAUGGCAUGCCCUCCUCCCAGUACCCCUGGGCCAUCGUGUGGGGUCCCACGGUGUCGGAUGAGGAUGGAGGGGACACAAACUCAGCCAACCCAGGCUUCCCACCGCUGGGAUACACCUUUGUCUCGCCACACGGGAUGGCGACAGCGCAGCCCAACUCCCACUCGCUCCUGCACAAUGCGGGGCUCAACCUGCGCGAGACCCCAGCCACCCUGCGGCCCUUCUUGUUCGGGCCCCGGGGGGAAGGUGUGGACCCCCAGCUGUACGUCACCAUCACCAUCUCCAUAAUCAUUGUCCUGGUUGCCACUGGAAUCAUAUUCAAGUUCUGCUGGGACCGAAAUCAGAAACGCCGACGUCACUCGGGGCAGCAGAGCAGUGGGAGGCAGCAAGAAAGCCAGCAGCCCCUCACAGACCUCUCCCCCACCACUGUCAGCAUCCUGGGGCCCUAUGGCAACCCCCUAACCCCCACACCUGAGGCAGAGGAGGCCAGGCAGGGCCAGGAGGGUGCAGAGAAACUGGGUGGCCAUGGGAAGAAUGCAGCCUUCCAGCUCAACCGAAUCCCACUGGUGAACCUGUGAAGCUCCUGGGAGAGGCUGAGCUGGCUCCCCUACCCUCCUGUCACAGCUGGCGAGCACGGACUCUUGCUGCCUCUGCUACCCCAGGAAAAAAACAACCUCCUUGUGCCACGGCCCAUCACCACCACCAUUAUUUACUAACCGCACUGGGAUGUGCCUGGGCAAACGGAGGAGCUGGGUCUCCUUAGCCUCCUGCUGGGGGAAAGUUGGGGACCCGCCCUCCCCAUGCAGGACAGGGUGAGGAGAGAGCAGAAUGGUGGGAGGGAAGACAGCUGCUGGUGGUGUGAAAUCUUGACCUCCCCAGCCCCUCUUCUAGCGUAAGUGCACAGACACACUUGGAUCUCCAUGACUCUCUCACCAGUGCAUGCCUGACAUUGGGGGUAGGCAAGGUGGAAAGGCGUACCCCUGUCCCUGUGGGCCCUCACCCUCCGUGUGUCCCUUCCCAUGUCGUGUGCUUUGCAAUGAACGUCUGGAGUUCAGCGGCUACAGGACUUCCUGCCAGGUGACUUGGAUGGUGGCAUCUUUUUUCCUGAGACCUUGGCCCUCCUGAGAGUCCCAAGGAUGUGUGAAGCUUGGGCAGAAGAGGCUCACAGAGCACCUGGACCCUUUCAACAACACAUUUCCUUGAAGGAAACAUUAUCUUCCCCUAGAUGGAAGAUAUUAACACCUUUCCAGUUUCUUUCUGCCUAACAGUCCUUUGGGUUUUUUCUUUUCAGCUUGUAUCUUUCUUCCUCUCUCCAGCCACAGGUUUUUUCCCCUCCAUUCCCACCCCCAUGCCACUUCUCUUGACAGUUAAAGUUGGAAAAGACUCCUUUAGCUUUCCAAAUGUUUUGAUCUGUUGAAAGCCCCCUUGCUCUCCCUCUCCACCCCUUCAGCCUCCUUCAGCAAGGUUUUUCUGAGUAACACCAGUCUAUGAUGAUGCUUUCCAGAAAAUCCAAGGUGAAGCCCUCUGCUCACUAUGUUAUUUAGCGAUGUUCUGUACACAGCUAAAGCGGGAAAUACAGACAUUGCUGGGCACGAGAAACUUGAAUUUUGCUUGGCUCAAGAAGAGAUUUGCUUUCAGAUACUCCUGGCACAGGCAACAAGGCAGCAGACAGGACUCUGCGCCUGGGAUGAUCAAGAGCGGUUUAGAGUUGACCUUGGCAACACUGGAAGGGUUGCCAAGUACUGCUGGUAGGUCUCUUCUGGAAUGCAAGGUGACUGGAAACCCACAAGGCAGUGCUCACCAAGGGCAUGAGAACUUCACCUGGGCUCCCAGGUGAAGCUUCAUUCAGUUCCCCAGCUGCUCAGAAACUGAAAGCAAUGGCAAAGGUAUCUGUCCAAACUGGUUGCCUGCGCAUGUCCUUCAGGGCUGUUGUGGUCUCUGGAGCUGGCAGCCACACUGUCACUUAUUUGCUUGAGCAGGAUCCAUGCAUCUUCACCUCUUCCCAUGGGUGUCACUUUGAGGAAGUGUGAGAUGACAAAUUUCAGCUUAAUGACAAUAGUUCCUCUUAGUUUUUAUGGACAACUUCAAAUUAAAUAAAAUCCCACACUGACAACCACUGAGGUGAAAAGAUGCACAUUUAGAUAAGGUUGCCCCUACAGUGUACCUUUAGUUGCUGGACUGAUGAAAUCAGAGGCAUGAAAAUCACCCACAAUUUGAAGGCCCUAAUGCACCAUACAAGGUCUCUGACAAAAGUCAUCUUGGAGAGGGGGAAGCGGCUUUUCAUCCUUUAUCUCUGCAUUAAAAGCCUGUUCUUUAUAAGACAAAGCACAGGGAAAUUCAUAAGAGGCCUGGUUCUGCCCAUUUACCCAGCUGAACCAUUAGGUGUUCUUGGGUCCCAUCUGAUUCACAGCGAAGGGCAUUUAAAUGAGAGUGUAAAUUACAAUAAGCUUCCCCAAAACAGUAGAGAUUUGGAGAAAAUGACAGGUCAAAUAAAAUUACUGGCUUAUUAAAAGCACAGAGUGACUGAAAGAUGUAGGUGGAAAAGGACUCUGGAGAUCUCUAGUCUAAGCACAGGUUGAGUCUGUGCUUACAGCAGGGGAUAUUAGUGCUUUACUGUUGACUGAUCUGUUACUGAGCCUGUUCUUAUUCAGGAUCCAUGCAAGGCUUUGGUGCCCAUUUAAGCUGCAGACGGACAGGGAAGGACCAGGUGGCGGUUCCUGCUCGCUGCCCCAUUCAUUGCUGCCCCCAUUCCCCCUCUCCCUGGCAUGUCCCUGCUGGGGAAGGACAUCUGCAGGAGGGUACACAGCUGAUUGCUGGCAAUUUACUAUACCUGGAACUGGCUGAAGUAAUCUUCCAGACCAGAUUAAUUAGAUUGUUCUUUGAUCAGCACCAUUUGUUGAAACAAGGCCAGAGUUUAGGCUCUUCCACUUCAAGGGCUGUCCUUGGACUUUCCACAUGCUGCGUGGAGAGAAGGUUUGUAAGAAACCACAGGAGACAGGCAGGAGACCACAGGAGGCAUAGUGAAAACAUUUUCCAAUACUUGUGGGGAAGCCCUGCACUCUCCUGGGAAGGCUUUUGUAAAUUCUGCAAACAAAACAGAUUUUGGUGGUUUGGGUUUCUUCCUUCCCCUUUUAUAUGUCUCUGGUUUUGGUAAAAGCAUCUCCAGGGAGUGAAACCUUUCAUGGAUACUGAUGCUGAGGGGAAAGCUGGUGAAGCUGUGUAGAAAAAACUCUUUCAACAACAGAGGCUUUGGUAUAAAGAACAUCUUUUCUAAGAACAAUUUUCCUAGCCAAAUAUGUUUUUAUGAUAAUCAUUCAGUCUCUCACACAAAACAGUUUAGAUACAGGGAAACAACUUCAUUGUCCUGCCCAAACAUUCAUUGCUAUGCUUUGUCCCAGGAACAAAACACUCAGAACACAUGUGGACACACAGGCUUCUUCCAGUUAAUAAAUAAUCUCACUGGAUCUGUUUUCUCUAUGACUGGGGCCUUAUAAACCAUCUUCCCCCACACAGACUGGAACCAGAGCAUGUAUGAAGUCUCUACCCUGGCCCAGGGUAAUAUUUUGUAGGAUGUGCACAUGGAUGGGUUGACAGCACUGAGUACCCAUCAGGUUUCCCUGUCUUCUAGAUGAAUGGAGGAGAAUGAAUUUUUUUUUCCAUUAGAAAUGAAAAGGGUUUUUUCUUUCCAUUAGAGAGAAAAGUGUGCAGGGAAACCAACUGGAAGUGUUCAUAAUCUUGGCCUAAUUCUGCCCAGCAUUUCUAUGCUGUUUGUUAAAAGGGAACAUCUAGGUGGGCCAAGUGAGAUGAAGCAACUGUGUCUCUGCUGAGCUCCUGGAGAGUCCUGGCUUUUUGAACACAAGGGUGGUCUCUCUGUGAGCACAGUGGAAUGGAGGAAGGUUCCUGCUUUGGAGCACGAGUUAGAGUCUCCUUCUCUUUACCCAGGUGGUACGACCACAAGGCCAAAUCCUGCUUGGGCUUUCCCAUCUAGUUAGUUCCAACUGGUAGGCAGGGAGCAGACUUCCGGUGUGUGCUUCCACACCUCUCUUCCAGUCCAGUUGCUAGGGACUCUCAUCCAGCCAAGCAUCCCAAAAUUCAGAGAGGGCUAUCUACCUCUUCCACAAUGGCACCCAAGUGCCCUUGCAAAUCUGGUCCCUUAAUUUCCCACUCCACUUCCCAACGAAGAAAAAUGCUUGGAAAGCAGUGGUUUGUUCGUUCCCUGCAAGUUCUCAAACAGGACCACCUUGAAAUUGUUCUGAAUUAAACUGUGGUUUUGAUUUUUUUCACUCUGACAAACCACAUCUGUGACACAGCCUUAGAGCUGAGACCUGCAGCACAAAAGUCCUGGGUCAAACUCCAGCUCCCCAGCUACAUCCCUGCUAAUGUCCCACUGUAAUCCUGGCCCUACCCUAGUAGGACCAUAGAGAGAAGUCCCCUUCCUUCACCAACUGCUGGCUCUCUACUCCUCUUUUCCUGUUGUUUUCCUUCUCCCACUGUUUUCCCUCUUCCCACUCUUGUCCUGUACCAUGGUCUCCCCACUGGUUCUCUCUCCCCUCCUACUGUUUCGCUCUCCCUACUCCUCUCUUGUUCUCCCUUUGCCACUCAGUCUCGUUCUGCCACAGCUUCCAUCUUCCCCUCCAGCCUCCCUCCUGCUCCUCUGCUCAGUCUCGCUCUUCCCCCUUCCCUGCCCUUGUGCGCUGUGAUAUAUAUUUUUGUAGGAUUUCUCUUCUCCUUGUGGUGAAAUAUUCAAAUCUUGUGGGAUGUUAGUUUCAACAUUUUUAAAUAAAACUUUGCAAAAUAUUGAAA